GACACGGCCAGAGCACUGAGAGAUAUCAGGUAUUGAUGUAACUGGAGUGAAUAAGGGAACCUUCUUCCUGAGCACAGACAUUGGAGCCUGUUAUCAGCAUGAACUCACAUGUGUUAGACAAACACGUCAGUACUUCAUAUCUAUCCUUCACUACAGUCUUAGACACCAAUGACUAUUCACAAACAUUGGGGAUAUCACAGCAGAUAUUUAAAGGAGAUGGUGAAUUGUCAGGAACUGGGCAGCAAUCACUAUGUACAGAGAGUAAUUUAGUCAUCAAACAAGAGGACAACAUUUAUGCCUUAUCUAGUGAAAUGAUAAUCCCUAAGGAUAAACCACACACAUUUACUGAGUUUUCAAAACAUAUUAAAGAAGGGAAACGUCUACAGUCUAGCCAAAUGAUUCAUACAAAGGAGAAACCUUUUCAAUGUACAGAGUGUGAGAAAAGCUUUAGAUGGAAGUCUCGUCUACUAGAACACUACAAAAUUCACACAGCUGUCAAACCACACAGGUGUACUGAGUGCGGCAAAUGUUUUAAACAAACGAGUUAUCUGAAAAGUCAUGAAAGGAUUCACACAGGAGAAAAGCCAUUCAUAUGUACAGAGUGUGGAAAAAGUUUUGCACAAAUAAGUACUCUGAAAAGUCAUGAAAGGAUUCACACAGGAGAAAAGCCAUUCACAUGUGCAGAGUGUGGAAAAAGUUUUAGAAAAAAGAGUAAUCUGAAAAGUCAUGAAAGGAUUCACACAGGAGAAAAGUCAUUCACAUGUACAGAGUGUGGAAAAAGUUUUACAAAAAAGAAUCAUCUGAAAAGUCAUGAAAGGAUUCACACAGGAGAAAAGUCAUUCACAUGUACAGAGUGUGGAAAAAGUUUUACACAAAUAAGUAGUCUGAAAAGUCAUGAAAGGAUUCACACAGGAGAAAAGCCAUUCACAUGUACAGAGUGUGAAAAAAGUUUUUCAAAAAAGAGUCAUCUGAAAAGUCAUGAAAGGAUUCACACAGGAGAAAAGUCAUUCACAUGUACAGAGUGUGGAAAAAGUUUUACACAAAUAAGUAGUCUGAAAAGUCAUGAAAGGAUUCACACAGGAGAAAAGCCUUUCACAUGUACAGAGUGUGGAAAAAGUUUUACAGAAAAGAGUCAUCUGAAAACUCAUGAAAGGAUUCACACAGGAGAAAAGCCUUUCACAUGUACAGAGUGUGGAAAAAGUUUUAAACAAAAGAGUGAUCUGAAAAAACAUGAAAGGAUUCACACAGGAGAAAAGCCUUUCACAUGCACAGUGUGUGGAAAAAGUUUUACAGAUAAGUGUCAUCUGAAAACUCAUGAAACGAUUCACACAGGGGAAAAGCCUUUCACAUGUACAGAGUGUGGAAAGAGUUUUACACACAUAAUUAUUCUGAAAACUCAUUUAAGGAUUCACACAGGAGAAAAGCCUUUCACGUGUAAAGAGUGUGGAAUAUGUUUUAGACAAAUAAUUAGUCUGAAAACUCAUGAAAGGAUUCACACAGGAGAAAAGCCUUUCACAUGUACAGAGUGUGGAAAAAGUUUUACACACAUAACUAGUCUGAAAAAUCAUGAAAUGAUUCACACAGGAGAAAAGCCUUUCACAUGUACAGUGUGUGGAGUACAGUUUUCACGAGAGAGUCAUCUCUUAACACACAAAAGGAUUCACACAGGAGAAAAACUUUUCGUUUGUACAGUAUGUGGGAAAAUGCUUGCAGACAAGACAAGUUUCCGAAGACACCAACUUAUUCACACAGGGGAAAAACCUUUUACAUGUGCAGAGUGUGGGAAAAGUUUUAUACACAUGAGUCAUCUGAAAUCUCAUGAAAGGAUUCACACAGGAGAAAAGCCUUUAACUUGUACAGAGUGUGGAAAAAGUUUUACACAAAUUAGUACUCUGAAAGCUCAUGAAAGGAUUCACAAGGGAAGAAACCUUUCAUAUGUUUAGAAAGUUGAAAAAAGUGUUUUUAUUGAAACAAAACACAAAAUAUUUACACACAUAUAAACUUUAUAUACACACUGUGCAAACCUUUUUACAAUUAUCAUAAAGAAGACAAACUCACUAAAUAGAAGCAUCAAAAGAGAUGUUAUUGUAAAUACUUUCUAAAUCCCAGUUAUAAAAGCCCCAGAUUGGAAGUGUUCUUCUGCUGUCCUUUGUUCCUCUAUAUAUGUGCACCUCAGUUUCUCUCAUAUCAAUGUGAUAGAAUCCAAACGCCACACUGGAAUAUACAGAUCUGUCCUCAUACUGACAGUUUACACAACCAGUCACCCCCACAGCACCCCCAGUGUUGUUUAUUAAUAUGCCAGUGUUAGGAGUUGUACUUUUGAUUUACAUUGGGGAUAAAAUAAUUACAUUCACAUAAUAAAGGAGUCUUUAUAUGAAUAGAGUGUUAGAGAAUUAUAUAAACAAGAACAUCAGUCUCAUAUGAUUGACAUCUGGGAGAUAUAUUUAAUGUGCACAUCAUGUGGAUAAACCUUUUCUUAGAGCAAUAGAUGCUUAGCAUUGUACAUGUUAUAUACCAGAGGAAUUACUGAGAGGAAACUGAUUUUAUUGCAUGAGACACAAUAUCAGUAACUGGUACAUAUGUGAUCAUAAUCAGUUUAAUUUAAAUGGCUACUAUAACCUACUGUAAGUAAUAUGUAUGCCAUGUUCUGUAACUUGAUAUUAUGUCUGUUAGAUGUUUUCAUGUUAGUUAGAAGCCACAAGAACUGAUAAUAGCACAUACUGUAUAUAUAAAGGGAACAUUAUAUGUCUGAUAAAUCCCUUUGUAUCAAGA